CCCCCCCCCGCAUAGAAUCUACGACUGACUCUACUCAACCACCAGCCAACCAGCCUUUUUGAGCCCUUCCCAUAGAACCGAAGUAAGAUGACUCGUGGAAACGCAGAACAGACAAAAGUGCACUUCAAAGGCAAAGAGGACGACUUCGUCAUUUUUGUUGAUAGCUCUAAGGCGGUGCAAGACUGGAAGGCAGAUUCGUCGAUUCCAUUGGCACAGGUAGUGAGCGGGUGGAAGGUGUUUGUUACGCAUAAGCAAGGCACACAAGGCAUCCUCGAUGCGGCGAGCAAUGGAUCGCUAGACUCAGAGUUCGGAACGCACAAUGAGGAUGAGGUUGUUAAGGCGAUUCUAGAGAAGGGAUCCGUGCAGGAGGUUGAGAACAAGGAACGCCAAGGCGACCGCAACAUUAUGAACGGUCCGACAGUCUCACACUAGGCCAGUCUAGGCACUACCUCUGGACAUAUCAAGUCGGUCUCACGACUUACGGAUAGCAUGAGGGGAAAGGCGUCGGAACAAUCCUUCGCUACUGGCCUAAGAUGGCGGCAUGAAUACGUAUUCAUACAUGGAUUGAUUGAAUCAAUUUGACUACCUUUGCUGGAAUGAAAAGCGAGGUUAAGUGGAAUUGUCUAUCCGGCUCCGUAUUUGAAAGAGGAGAAUAAAUGAAAGGAUUUGAUACCUGUUA